AUGAUGUCCGUCCUGCUGGGCUGGGUCCUGGCGCUCCUCUGGGUGUCCGCGGCUCAGGCCGAGGUCCUGGUGCAGCCAGACUUUGAUGCCCAGAAGUUCUCAGGCCUCUGGUUCGUCGUCUCCAUGGUGUCCGACUGCAAGGUCUUCCUGGGCAAGAAGGAUCACCUGCUGAUGUCCACCAGAGCGGUCACAGCCACCGCAGAGGGCAACCUCCACGUCCACAUGGAGUUCCCUGGGGCUGAGGGCUGUCACCAGGUGGAUGCCGAGUACUUGAAGGUGGGCUCCGAGGGGCACUUCAGAGUCCCAGUCCUAGGCUACCUGGACGUGCGCGUGGUGGACACGGACUACAGCGCCUUCGCGGUGGUCUACAUCUACAAGGAGCUGGAGGGGGCGCUCAGCACCAUGGUGCAGCUCUACAGCCGGACCCAGGAAGCGAGCCCCCAGGCGCUGAAGGCCUUUCGGGACUUCUACCCCACCGUGGGGCUCCCCGACGACAUGAUGGUCCUGCUGCCCAAGUCAGAUGCGUGCUCCUCAGGGGCCAAGGAGGCACCCUGA